GGGCGAGGAAGCACCUGCUUCCAACAAGGAGGUGGAGAAAAUGCUCUCAUGAAAACGCCCAACUCCAGAGGUUGGCACAGACACUUGUGCAGGAGGUUGGAUGGCUCUGAGAUUAUGCACAGACUAUUUUGAUAAUCUUGAUUGGAGAAAGAUCGCUUGAUGCUGUGUACUUUUUUUUUUUUUUUUUUUUACAUUUUGUUUCUAGAAGAAGCUGUGGUGUGACUAAAAAGCAGUCAGAGUAAGUUUUUGAGUUAAUUCGUGUUGGAGUUCUUUCAGGUUAUGAUAGGUGCGCUUUUGGCGUUUGUCAACUGAACAAUGAUAUUUCCAUCUGUGUCUGUGUCGCAUGUUAAUGCACCACUUACUGUUGCCAGAGUCCCCUGCCCCUGGAUUGGCGAUGUGUUUUUAUCACACAGCCUUGGGGCGUUAUCAGGAGUGCAGAACCUUUGAGAAGACGCCUCUGGACUUGGAUUUUCUUGGAUUUGGGAGACAGAUCCAGCUUCCUGAGAGAGCAUUGACAGAGGCGCGUAGACAGCGGCAUCAUCGGUUAUAAAAGUUGGUUUAGAAAGUACACUUUCUGUAAGGAAACUGAUGCGCGUAAGAAGGGAUGCCAGCCAGGCGUGGCUUGUGCUUGAAUAUCCAAUGUGAGAAUGCGUGGGGAGUAUGUAUAUAAUAGAGGCUUUCCUUUUGAUAAUCAUAGAUAUCAAAGUGAUCAUUGUAGCAAAGGACGAUCAAUAAAGUGAGAGGACGCUGCUGAUUGGGGGAGCACCGCGCGCUGGGUACGCUUUGUGCGUGCAUGGACCGGACUUGUCUAACUUUUCUUUUUUUAACUACUUGAGUCACCAUAGUCUUCAUUUCAAAUGCCGUCGCUUAAUUUAACAGCUGUGCACACAAUGGCAGAAGUCGGGAGUUUUCUGGGGACAAUCGACCUGGAUUUACAAAGCUUUCCUGCACUCGGAAAUAUGCCCCUGCCGGAGUCUCCAGUGGGCUUGAAUGAGCGUCUGGGGCAGAUUGAAGGGAGGCUGCAGCGGGGGUCGCCAACGGAUUUCGGGCACCUGAAAGGGAUCCUGAGGCGGCGACAGCUCUACUGCAGGACCGGCUUCCAGCUGGAGAUAUUCCCAAAUGGGACUGUGUACGGGACGAGACAGGACCACAGCAGAUUUGGCAUCCUGGAGUUCAUCAGUCUGGCAGUGGGUCUGGUCAGCAUCAGAGGGGUGGACGCUGGACUGUACCUCGGCAUGAAUGAAAAAGGAGAGCUCUUUGGGUCGAAGAAGCUGACAGCGGAGUGUGUGUUCAGGGAGCAGUUUGAGGAGAACUGGUACAAUACCUACGCUUCAACUUUGUACAAGCACACAGAUACGGGACGCUUCUACUAUGUGGCUUUAAAUAAGGACGGCUCGCCCAGGGAGGGCAACAGGACUAAAAAACAUCAAAAACUCACCCACUUUUUACCAAGACCAGUGGAGAUAGAGAAGAUCCCUCAGGAAUACAGAGACUUAUUCCAGUACAGGUGACCAGCACUAAUGCUAGGAGAACUGGUUCCAAUUGGAGAAACGGAGGUAAAAGAAGAGGAGGGAGAGGCUGUUUUGGAUAUUUUGGACCUUGGACGGAACUGUUUACCCUCAACUCCCCCUGAGAUCAGUGUGUUUACACCUAAGCCCACUGCAAAGCACGUUACAGCACUGACAUAAACAUCAUGCAGGAUCCUGGAUGCUGCUUCUUUAGUGGACUUGUGACCUCAAAAAAAGAGGGAAAGUAGUCUUAUAAAACCACUGAGGACAUGGAUGAAGGAGGCCUGUGUGUGAUCAGGACGAUAAAUCAGGUGUCAAGUUUUCUCCAUAACCACUUUUUAUCUGAGGGAAAUGCGUAAAAACUGAAGCAACUUGCAACGACAAGUGGAGUCAUGGUUCUUGGCUUUUAAUUAGCACUAAGCUGGAGUGGGAGUACAAUGAAUGACGAGAACACCGAGAAAAGAUUUUUAGGAGCUCCAAAAGGUGGAAAGCACUGCAAAUGUCACAUUAUGCUAUUUUCAUAGAAAAUACACAUCCAUAAUGACGUUAGGUGUAAAAAAAAAAAGAAAAAAGUUUUUUAAAAAAGGGCACAUUCCAGGCACGCAUUUUUUGAAGUAGAGGGGUCAGAAAUGCACAAAAUGUUUAUGUGUCAUGCUCGUUAGUGACAUAGCCAGGAACUAAAAGAGUGAAGAGGCGUGGCGGAACUGGAGUUUAAACGUUUUUUUCCCAAACGAAAGAUGGAAAAGGGGAUGUUUAAUCUCUUUAAAGAAUGUGUAAUAGAUGAUAGAGCACUUACUGCACAUCCCCAGUCCCAGCUCAUUCGGACUCCCACGUCAUCAUCAGAGUCUCAUUCAUCACAUUGGAAGAGCAGCGUCUUGUAGGAAUUGAAUGCAAAACAAGAUAAAUCUUGGGACACAAGCACUUCUUUGACUGAAGUUGUAAAGAAGAAUUGAUGGGGUGUUUUUUUAAAGAUGGUGACUUGUAAUGUUCAGAGUGUCAGGAACAUUAUUAAAGAUGCAAGCAGCUGAGGUGUACAUAUGGGUGAUCCUAUUUAUGAGAUGUACAAUAUAUUUAUUUUCUACAUAUUAAGUAUAAAUAUAAAUCUAUAUAUUUAUUUAUUGCAAAGACUUUAUUUUGUAAUGAACUUGAAGUUAUCUGGGCUGUAGAUUCUACUGAAAAUAUACCAAAAAAAUUACAACAAAACUACAAUGAACAUGACAAUAAAAUUGUCCUGCUUUCUAGAACUCUUUGUGAGAGACUAUUUUUGCUUGGAUAAACAUCUUAUGUACCAAUUAAAACCAGAUAAAGAAUCUA